GGGUUCCCCCAUCUCAGAGUCGUUUUCCCGGUGCUUCUUCAGCUACGGUCACUUUAUUUUUCAAACCAUUAGGGAAACGGAAACCAGAGACUCCCAGAAUUUGUGAGCCAAUUUUGAGUUUUACGAUGUAAUAUCAUCGUUAACAGAAAGAAAGAAUGUACUCGGCGUAUACGGGAUUUGGCAAGGCUUCUGGUCCAAAUCGACCUCCCGAAUCCCACGUACCCAACUUUGGAUCUUUCUCUCGCCCCCCUUCUGACUCUCCUUCUACUCCACCCUUUCCCACUCCCGCCCCUCUGCAAUCUCCCAGGGCACCUGGAACUCUACAGAGAGUGCCAUCGCCUCCUUUGGCUUUAGAGAGCAGCGGCCCUGCAGUCAGUUCUGCUUACCAAAUAUCUCUUGGAGUUCGUAGGGGACCUGAAGCUGCAUUGUCACGCCCACUAGCUCUUGAGAGCUACCAUUCUGCUGCAAGUCUUCCUUAUUUAUCUGCAGGAGUCCAUAGGGGACCUGAAGCUGGGUUUUCACGUCCAUUAGCUCUUGAAAGCACCCAUUCUGCUGCAAUUCCUCCUAAUUCAUCCAUAGGAGUCCAUGGGCAACAAUUCUUGCACACUGAUAGGCCUGCUUCAUUUUCGACUUCAUUGGAUAAUAGGCCCAUAUUGCCAGGCAAUUAUGCCAACUCUGUGGCUUAUCAAAACCAAUCCUCAGUCUUACCUUAUUUAGGUUCUUAUGCCUCUGAAAGAGACUUUUUAACUAAUCGUGAGGGUGUUCAAGUCUUGAAAAGAAACAGAUCCCCACCUUUACCAUCUGGCAGUGAAGUGCUGCAGGAAGAUUCACAUUUUUCUGGAAAUGGCUCUAGAAGGUUUCCAACUCCUGCAAUCAAUCUUGAUUCUGAAGUUGUGGCAACCAAGCGCACCAGCUCCCCAGCUCUCAAAAGAACAAGGUCACCUUCUUCACUUCCUAGUGGUCAACUCUUUCCAGAAAACUUCUUUUCGACCCAAGAUAAUACUGAACGAGAGAUGGAAGCCAAGGCAAAGCGAUUGGCCCGUUUCAAGGUUGAAUUAAGUCAAAAUGUGCAAGGCAGUCCUGAUUUUGCAGACCAACUAGAUUCUGCAAAUAGAAAUGAAGAGUCUAUAGAGGAGAGGAAAAAAUAUGCUGGAAACCAGUCUGCAGAACUGACAGAGGAUAUCUCCCAUGCCCAUGUUUUAUCUGAUUUUGAUGGCCAGGAACCAUCUACUAUUAUUAUUGGAUUGUGUCCAGACAUGUGUCCAGAGUCAGAAAGGGCAGAACGUGAAAGAAAGGGAGAUCUAGACCAGUAUGAACGAGUGGGUGGCGAUAGAAACCAAACCAGCAAAUCCCUUGCUGUAAAGAAGUAUACUAGGACAGCUGAGAGGGAGGCGAGUUUGAUACGCCCCAUGCCAAUCCUGCAGGAAACAAUUGAUUAUCUGCUCAAUUUGCUAGAUCAGCCAUAUGAUGACAGGUUUCUUGGCAUAUAUAACUUCUUGUGGGAUAGGAUGAGGGCAAUCCGAAUGGACCUGAGGAUGCAGCACAUUUUCGACUACGGGGCUAUUCUUAUGCUGGAGCAGAUGAUAAGACUUCACAUAAUUGCAAUGCAUGAAUUAUGUGAACACGCCAAAGGAGAAGGCUUUUCUGAGGGAUUUGAUGCACACCUCAACAUUGAACAGAUGAAUAAAACAUCAGUUGAGUUGUUCCAAAUCUAUGAUGAUCACAGAAAGAAAGGCAUAAGUGUGGCGACAGAAAAAGAGUUCCGAGGUUAUUAUGCACUUCUCAAACUGGACAAACAUCCUGGAUAUAAAGUUGAAGCUGCAGAGCUCUCACUUGACCUUGCAAAAAUGACUCCAGAGAUAAGACAGACUCCAGAAGUGCUAUUUGCCCGUGAUGUGGCAAGGUCUUGCAGAACAGGUAAUUUUAUUGCCUUCUUCCGGCUUGCAAGAAGGGCUAGUUACCUUCAAGCAUGCCUUAUGCAUGCUCACUUCGCAAAGCUACGCACCCUGGCACUUGCUUCUCUACACUCAGGACUACAGAAUAACCACGGUCUCCCUGUUUCCCAUGUUGCUAAGUGGCUUGGGAUGGAGGAAGAGGACAUUGAAAGUCUCUUACAGUAUCAUGGGUUCUCAAUAAAGGUAUUUGAGGAGCCUUAUAUGAUGAAGGAAGGCCCAUUUCUCAAUCGGGAUAAGGACUAUCCUACCAAGUGUUCUGAACUUGUUUAUUUGAAAAGGUCAGGGAGGAUAGUUGAGGAUGUUUUACCUCCAACACAAGUCAUAUCAUUACCAGCUGAAGCCGUAUCUAUCCCUUCUGAUGAAAGGGAAAGUUCUGUCUGUACAAGUAAUGAAGAAAUGGCUGAUCUUGAAGCCUUUUCAUCCUCAACUGAUAGCCAACAGCGGCAGCCAGUAAUCAUCUCUCCAACACUUACCAAACAGAGUCAAAAUGACCAUCAGGCAGCUGGAGCCUCUAAUCCGCCUUGGGGUUUAUUGUUAUCCCACAGUUCCCCUAAAUCCCAGCUUGCUAAAGUUGGAAUUGUAGCAAAACAAAAUUUUGAUGAUCUUUUCAGAAACUCCCUUGAAAGAAACAUGCAUUUUCACAAGGAAGCAAUGAUGCCGCAGGAUGUGUCAAAAACAGCUGUGAAAGAGAGAUACUUGGAUGGCAAAAAGGAUUAUGAGGCGGAAAAAAUUGGCUCCCCAAGGGUGGUUAUUAAUCGUUUGGAAGAUGCAGAACCUUCAGAUAUUCAUAAAGAAAAUACUUGUCAAAAUGAUAUUCAUAAAGAAAAUAAUAUUAGCACAGUUCUGGCAAAUGAUCAUGCCAAAGAAACUGCUGAAGCAAAACUCAAGUUGUUCUUAAGGUUAUGGAAGCGGCGUUGUGCAAAGCGAAGGGAGUUCCGCAAACAAAUGCAGGUAGCAGCAAAUGCUGCAUUAGACUCAUUAUCAUUGGGGCCGCCAAUUCAACAGAAAAAGGAGCAACCGAGCAAUUUUGGCGAGUUUGACAUUGAUCAUGUUAUGCGGGAGAGACAUAAAAAGCAUGCAGAAUCAUGGUCAAGACUUAAUGUUUCAGAUGUCAUAGCUGGUACACUGAGCAAAAGAAAUCCAGAUGCUAAAUGCAUAUGCUGGAAAAUUAUUGUAUGUUCUCAGAUGAACAACCUGGAAAGAGUUAAAUUGGAGCAGAGGAGCCAAGUUGCUUUGCCUGCGGCAUGGUUGCUUUCAAAACUCAUGCCUUCCAGCAAAAAUGAAGAUGAUAACGAUCUGUUGAUGUCAUCUCCUGGGCUGUCAAUAUGGACCAAAUGGGUUCCUAGCCGAGAUGGUGCAUAUCAGACCUGCUGCUUGUCUGUUGUCAAGGAAACAGAAUUUGAUAUUCUAGAUGAGACAGUAUCUGGUGCAAGUGCGGUAUUGUUCCUUGUAUCUGAAAAGGUCCCAUGGAAGCAUCAAAGAGUCCAGCUUCAGGACCUUCUAAUGUCAAUACCUUCUGGUUCUUGCCUGCCCCUUCUGAUUUUAAGUUGCUCAAACAAGGAAGAGACUUCAGAUUCUUUCUUUGUUGUGGCAAAUGAAUUGGACCUUCAUAAUAUCGACAAGUCAAGGAUAAGUAGCUUUCGGGUUGUUCCCCUCAUUUUGAACCUUCAGAAGCAACAUGCAGAUGGGUUUUUUAGUGACGACCAAUUAAGGGAAGGACUAAAAUGGCUGGCAAGUGAAUCACCCCUGCAACCUGCCCUGCAUAAUUUGAGAACCCGUGAACUGGUUCUUUCUCACUUGAAUUCUUCAUUGGAGGUGCUUGAGAGAAAGAAUGAUUUUGAAGUGGGUCCUAGUAAUUGUAUCUCUGCCUUCAAUGAAGCCCUGGAUUGUUCCUUGGGAAAAAUCAAUGCUACUGCAAUCGCAAAUCCUAUUGGCUGGCCUUGUCCUGAGAUUGCUUUGCUGGAGGAGUCUAGUGAUGAACACAGAAGUGCGAAGUGGUACUUACCGAAAAUAGGAUGGAAUUCACUGGGAAAAUUUGAACCACUGCUGUGUGCUCUAAGGGACUCAAAACUUCCAUUGUUUACUGACGAUAUAUCCUGGCUGGCCAGAGGAUCUUAUAUGGGUAAGGAGAUUAAGAACCAGAGAUUAAUGCUUGAAAAUUGCUUGAUCAGAUACCUGACACAAUCAAGUAAGAUGAUGAGAUAUGAGGAGGCAAUGAAGGAGGCAUCCAUAAUGCUACAAAAAAGUGCUCGCCUCGAGCUGCAUAACUCAAGUUACCGUAUUGUUCCAAACUGGGUUAUGAUUUUCCGCAGAAUUUUCAAUUGGCGGUUAAUGAAUUUAUCCAAUGGAACCUUCUCCAUGGCCUAUGUUUUGGAGUGUCAUAUAGAUCCUCCUGUUGCGGGAGAUGUUGAUAUGUUGAGGCUUGAAGGGAGUUUAACAUCACCUUAUUAUACGAGUCAUCCAUCGCUGGAUGAAAUGAUUGAAGUUGGCUGCAGCCCCUUGUCACUGGGUGGGGGUCAGCCACAGCCAGAGCAGUUACAACCUCUUGCAUGGAUGCCCUUGCAUGGUGAGGUUUGCGAGGCUGCUGAGGAUGAAAGGGGUAUUAGACAGGAUGACAAUUUGGCGAUCACCACUGACACGUCUUACAGAUUAGACAAUACUAGUACUGAAAUAAUGGUGGGUGGCGAAGCUUCCAAGGAAGCCGAAAACUUAAGCAAGUUACUGGAGCAGUGUGAUAUAAUGCAGAACAUGCUAGACAAGGAGUUGUCUAUUUAUUUUUAACCUGCUAAUUUGUUUAUAUUUGUAAUCAUGUCUGUAUUAAAUUAAAGACAUACAAAGAGCGGGGGGAACAAUAACAGUAUGACAAGAGAUGCAACAGAGAGAUUAAAAAAAAAAAGAGCCAAUUGAUUGGAUCAAGUUUCAGGUUACAUGGUUGACCCAUAGAGGCCACCGAAAUACUGGUUUGUAUGGUCUAAUUGAUGGACCGUUCGAUGUGGUUUGAGGCCUUAUUUAGGAAAGCGGCAUUGCUGUCACUUGUUUUGGUGUUUUGUCGAUUGAGAUUUCCACUCUCUUCAUCAGGAAUCUCGGCUAGAGAAAGCAAAGACAUAGCUGAGUAACUAAAAUCUAGAUUGAUGGAAGCUCACCAAGGUCACUCGUGAGGUUUGCGGGGUGACGUAAAUUUGAAAAAUCUAGAGUUGGGAGUCCAUGUUUGUAUAAAGAGAAUAUCCCAAUCAAGUUACAGGUAUGGCAAUCUCUCUCUCUCUCUCUCUCUCUCUCUCUCUCUAGCACGCACAUUUUGUCGGUUUUGUGCUGGUCUCCGAGUUAAGACUUUGGGCCUUCAACGGAGCAACUAUCAUGAUUUCGAUGCGUCAGUUCAGUGCAUUUGACAUUUCGCUUGACUGUGGAAUGGAGAGACUAAAAAGAGGCAGAAAAGAACGAGGGUUAUCUACUAAAAAGAAAAUAAAACAGGCAUUCCAACGUCAUUUUUCUCUGGGAGAGAAUUGAGGAUAAUAGGGCAGGUAUAAGGAAUAAACUGUGUAGUCACUCCCAAGAAAUUCAAUUAUGGUUCCAAGCUGCCCUUUCUUCCAAUGGUGUUUGGGACCGCACCUUCGCGGAGCACCAGUCUUCAACUUAUUGGCUUGCACUUUGCCAAUGCGCUGCUGCUGGAUAAGCAUGCCACCAAUGUAUAGAUGAGGGGCUCAGGCAUGUGGGAGUGGGACCCUGCACUCAGUCCAGGGUCUUGUCUAAAAUGGACAUAAAAGAAAUGUAUACAACCCGAAAAAGACCCUCUGAUGACAACCUCAUGAUUCUCAUCCCAUAGCAUUAUUGAUAUCAGCCGCCAUCCAACAUUGCUGAAAGCAAAGCUACAUAUAUAUUCAUAUAUAUAUAUAUCCCAUGUCAAGUUCGAAUCUUUCACUACAAUAACUAAGAUACGCAGUCAUCCAAAUUAAUGAAGAUCCUCUAUAAUUGAUGCCCAGUGUUGCAUCCAUUGGAAUUUCCUGCAUAAACGAUUGAAUAUCAUACCAUGAAGGGUAUGCAGUUAACACUGCAUAUUCUGUCACAUUUUCCAGUCAAUAAGAGUUGUAUAUUACAAUGGAUCGCAUAUUAGUCUAAGUCAUAAAGUAUAUUUCCCCCCACUCAGUGCUAACAAGUAUUUAUUUUUACCACCCUUUUCCGAAAUCGACGUCAUAAAGUCUCAGCCUCCUCAAAGAAACUCCUCGAAUCUAUGCAAACUUUACUGCCAUUUCCUCCCUAUUGUGUGGUUAGCAGGUGAAACUACAACUGGAGGGAGAGCAUUUUGUUCUCCGGAAGGAAUCUGGGAAGGGUUAGAAAUGGUUUUAUGAUUUUUAUCAGUACUAGCAAAGCUGUUGCCUGGAGAUUAGUGACCAAGUAUAUCCUGUAUAUAGAGCAAAUUAACAGAGAAGCUGUCGCUUGGAGACUGCAUGACUAGCCCACAUCCUGCUA